UGUACGGAUGGAUAACAUUUAGUUACGAGUUUUUGCAUGCGAUUGACGCGCGCGCUAUUAUCAUGCAUACGUGAGCGCAAAAUUUUCACAAUUUUCCACAAAGUUAAAAUAACAUUUUCAUUUUUCUCUCGAACGCCAACGUGUGACGUGGUGUGUCUCCGGAAGAAGCGAGAGCUCGUGUUUGUCGAAGUUGGUUCGACGUAGGAAUUGAAGGAUACAUAUUCGUGAGCUGAGUUCAAGCUACAAUAAAGCGGAUGGAUUUAAAAACUGUUUUAAUAUGUUGAAGUAUUUUUUGAAGAUGUGAAUAAAAUAUAUUAUAAUAAAAUUAUAUACUAUAAAAAUCUCAGUAAAAGUGAUUAAAAGUGAAAAAUGAUCCCAGCAGUUUCUCCACUUUCGUCGUCUGCCCCUUUGGAUUUAAGGCCAGUUCUAGGAGGAACAAUUAUCCCAUCUAUGCAUCACACGACACACGAGUCUAGUCUAAGAGUUCACAGUCCACCCGGAGGCAGUGGAAACCAUCUUAGUCAUACCCAUUCACAUCAUCACCCACAAUAUCAUCAUCACUCUCAUCAUCAGCAUCCAUCCUCUAUGAACGGAAGUGGUAACAGCAGCACUAACCAUAACAGUAGCACCGCGAGCACCACAAACAAUAGCCCCAACGUCGGUGCAAGCAGUUCCAGCAAUCAGCGGCAGGAUACUAACGACGGUGAAGCAAAUAGUGCAACGGAUGGUGCUGCAGUAAAUGAAAGUGGCGGAAACGGAAGCUCGAAAUCAUCACGAGCUCAAGCGCUGGUGAAGCCACCGUACUCGUACAUUGCGCUCAUUACGAUGGCGAUACUGCAAUCGCCGCACAAGAAGCUGACACUGAGUGGAAUAUGUGAAUUUAUAAUGAGCAGGUUUCCCUACUACAAGGACAAAUUUCCAGCGUGGCAAAACUCCAUCCGCCACAACCUGAGCCUCAACGACUGCUUCAUCAAAAUACCUCGCGAACCGGGUAACCCUGGCAAGGGAAACUUCUGGACCCUGGACCCACUGGCGGAGGAUAUGUUUGACAACGGUAGCUUUCUGCGACGGCGAAAACGCUACAAACGGACUACCAUCCCGCCGGGAAUGAGCUUUCCUGCCGUGUUCAACCCAUUUGCUCCGUUUUGGAUUCGAAAGCCUGUGCCAGUGAUACCGAUGCAGUUUCCGCCGCAUGCCAAUCUUAGCGGAUUCGGCGAUGGAUUAGGAAUACCGAGUAGAAAUGAUUUCAUACUGGAUAAUAAGUUGAAUUUGUUCGGUGGAAAAAUUGAAGAUUUGAAUGUGGCAGUGAUGGAAAAUAGUGAGUUCCUGGCGCGAAAUUCAGACAGUUUGAAAAUUUCAACGGCGAUGAACAAGUUUUUCCACGGAUAUAAUAGUGACACGAGUGGUGGCCCAAGUGGUUCUUACGAAGACAGUGUAAACGGGCUGCAGUGCAAUAAUAACAAUAACAAUAGUUCAAUUAGCAGAGACAGUGUGAGCGGGUACAUAACCAAAAACACUAAUCACGUUCCUAUAAAUAGUAUGCACAAUCGGUAUGCGCCAGCAUCUUCUUUGGACCAUGGUGGCAUAUCCCCGACGGCCGGCGGCGUCAGGGACAAUAGUAGCCCUUACGAAGUGGAUAUCUCAAAUGAUGAUAAAAUUGAUGUGGAAAGUGAUGAUGACUACAAGUCCGUUGGUAAAAACUAUGAGAUUGAGCCAGGUCAUCAAGAGUCGUUCCUGGAUAACCAUGGUCGUUACACUCCGACGGAAAAGGAAUCAACCAAAGAUUACGAGAUAGCUGCUCCGACGGAUAAAUCUUCUCGUCAUGAACCGGAGGACUUUGGCUGUGAGGAUGACGAUCAUUCCGACAGGAAUAGUAACGCCUCUCAAGAUCGAUCCGAUAAGCCACAAAAACCGUUCUACAUCAACACCUUCGAAGAGUCGAACCAUUUCAUGCCGGAGGCAAUAGUCGGAAAGUAUGCCAAUCUGAAGAGGGCUAUUGAACAGGAAGACCUGAAUGUAGUCGACACGUACAGCGAAACUAAAUUAGUUGGGUUCGAUUUCGCCAGCCGGAAGCGGAAGUAUGGCAACACGAAGGGAUUUAGCAUAGAAAAUCUGAUAGGCUGCAAUGUAGAAGAUAGAUGAAUCGGGACAAAAAAGAACUACCACGACGAACAAUUGUGUACUAUUGUAGAGUCUAGCUCUAGUUGAAACAAAUAGAAUACGUGUAAAUUAAUCGUAGCAUUCAGAUUGCCAUUUUAGUAAACCGUGUUGGAAAUGCUGCAAACAUACCUUUCUGUAUAUAAAAAAUUUGAGUUGUAAUAACCCUUUGUGGUGAAGUAAAUAAAAAUCUGCGAUUACAAUUUUAAGAA